AUGGAGUUCUUUAAUUUAAUUACGUUCACACAGAAAAAUUUCUGGCGUCCGUAUCACGAUCCGCAAGAAAUACUAGUUGUAGCCGAUUGCAAACGAAUAUGCAACAUUUUCAUUAUUCUUAUGAUCUUUUGUACUCAAGGCACUUGUGCCGGUUACAUGGUGACACCGCUUAUAGCAAAUAUAGGAAGAAACGAAUCUGACAGAAUACUACCGUUCAACUUGUGGGUAAACUUUCCCGUAGGAAUGUCGCCUUACUUCGAAAUACUAUUUGCUAUACAGAUACUCUGCGUGUACCACGUCGGUGUGUGUUACAUUUGUUUCGACAAUUUGUUAUGCAUCGUUAAUCUUCACGUGGCCAGCCAAUUUCGCAUAUUACAGCAUAGGCUGAGAAGCAUAGAUAACGCGACGAAGGAUCAGAUGGAAGAAUACGAAUCGGAUGCAAAAUUGUCGUAUUAUUCGAACAUGUGUUACACAAAGUUGAAAAAUUGCGUGCAACAGCAUCAAAUGCUUAUCGAAUAUUGCAAAAAGUUGGAAAAUAUAUUUACGUUGAUCGUGCUUGCCCAGGUAAUGUUUCUUGCCAUGGUAAUAUGCCUCGUGGGAUUUCAACUACUCCUGGCGGACACACCUACCUCGAAAAAGGCCAGUUUGGUAUUGAAUUUGUGCGGCGUUCUCUGUCAACUAUUGAUGUUCACGUAUAGUUGCGAUGACUUGAUGCGACAAAGUGUCAACGUCGGCAACGCGACAUUCUCAGGACCAUGGCCAAUCCUUCCAAUGAACGAAGCUGGUGCCACUGUGCGAAAAAAUUUGCUAAUUAUCAUCAUGCGAUCGCACAAGAUUUGCUGUAUAACGGCUGGAAAAUUUUUCCCCGUCUCUCUGCAGACGUUUACCGGGGUUCUCAGUACGGCAAUGUCAUAUUUCACUCUGCUAAGGAAUACGUCUCUGGCUGCAACAAAUUCAUAA